GUCCUUCUUUGUCACAUACACCCAUGGACAACACCUUCACAUGGACCACUCACUCACAUAGACAUUGACAGUCUUUUAAAUUGUCUGUAUAAAUGUGCAACACUGUGUGUUAUAUUUCUCUUGUAGGUUAUCUGUAACUUGAGAGAUGGAGACUGAAUGCAAGAAAAUUGUUCUGCUUAAAGGAUUGGAGCCCAUCAGUGAUUAUCAUUUCAGCAUGGUUAAGUCUUUAUUGGCCAGUGAUUUAAAACUGACUAGAAAAACUCAAAAUGAACAUAAUAAAAUUCAGAUUGCUGAUUUGAUGGCAGAAAAGUUCCCAGGGGCUGCCAGUGUUGACAAACUAAUAAAACUGUACAAAGACAUAGAAGAACUUAAAGAUCGUGCCAAAACUCUUAAAAAUGAGAAGUUAAAAGUUAUAAGAAGAUGGAAAGCAAGAGGAACAACUCCAGUGAAACAGAGCAAGAAGGAUAAACUCAGUAGUGAUGAAUCUACUUCCACCACAAACAAAGGUUUUGGACCUGAAUUAAUCAACGAUAUGCCUAUCUUGAAGGUAGGAUGA